AUGCGCGUCACUUCCAUCAUCGAAUCCCUGCAAGAGCAGCAUGCUGUGGACCAAAUUAACUUGGCCGAAUGCCUCCGCAUGCAUGGGGACACCAUCGACCAGCACGACGACUUAAGCGAGUCCGCGCAUCCCAUCAUCGACGCCAUCCUGGAAGACUCGGGAUGUGAUGGUUUUAAAACCAUGUGCAACUUCACCAGUGCCGCAGAGUGCCCUGACAACGCGCUGGACUGCUGGCUGCGGCAAGAAAUGCACGCAACGCACUUCAAGUUCAAGGCCCCCACGUUCCAAAAGCUCAUCACCAAGGUGAUCGCAGUCGUCGAGCCCAUCUUUUUCCGGCACUUCAUCAAGAUGCCAAGCAUGACCGACCUACGCAACAAAGAUGUCGUCUUCGCUAACUACACCUACGCCCUCUACGCGACGGAUGUCAAAUUCAAACCAGCUGAGCGCCGAAGGGCCGCUUCAACGAGCAGCGUCACUAUUUUAGUGGCAAGCACAAGCUACAUGAGCGACCAUUGUCCAGGGUCAGUGAACGACCUGACCAUGUUCAUGGACCGCUUGACCGUGCACCGCACGAGCUUGGCCAAGAUGGAGACCGAGAUGGCUAUAAACGAUGUCGGGGAACAGUUUGACGACCACCGCGGCUACUGGGCUUGCUUGGUCGACAAAGGCUACGUCGGCAUCAUGCAUCAUACUCGGGGAAUCUAUCCAAAGAAGAAGCCUACCGGCGGGGCUUUGGACACCGACGACCUCAACCGAAACAAACGCGUGUCCUCGGACAGAGUCGUGGUUGAGAACUACUUUGGUCGCGUGUGUCAGCUGUGGAAGGUGUCGUACGCAACGUUUACCUGGGGCCACGACAUAUUCGACGGGAUCCUGCGGUUGACCUUUGCGUUGACCAACUAUCAUGUAACCUUGAUGCCCCUUCGUGCGAACGACCGUGUCACGUACCGCUCAGUCCUUGCUCGUUACCAAUCCAUGUCCAAGGCGUACAUCGACAGGCGCAACGAAACUCAACGGCGCUCCCGUCGCCGUCGUGGGGAACGAGACCUCAUGGGGAGUGCGAUUGGACGCCGCAUGUCUUCGUUGAAUGAUUCGCCAUACUCUCGCCGCCUUCCAUCGCAAAACAACUCUCCAACCUUGCGCUAG